GCGGAAGCGCUCGAAUGCGCCGCGUUGCCUCGCGGAAGUGAAGUCAAAGCAGACGGGACGGUGCUCGGGUGUUCCUUCCGAGGUCGUCGUCGAGGCGCAACGCCGCGCGACGAGAUACGAGAUGACGAUGCGUGCGGCAGUACUACGAUUACCACGUCGUCCGUUCGACGGAUUUCGGUGGGGAGCGCUCCGGAGCUACGAUACUCGGCGCCUUGGCCAGCACGUUGACAAUCGCGCCGAUUUGCGAGCGGCACGCUGGGUAUCGUCUACAGUUGUACCUGCGGCGAUUUAUCGUACACGGGAAGACGCCGGUCGAUCGGGAAUUAUGACGAGGAUACGCUACCCCGAGGCACGCAGGGACGAGAGUGUCGUCGAUGAGUACCACGGCGUUGAGAUAAAAGAUCUUUAUAGAUGGCUGGAAGAUCCAGAUUCGGCAGAAACGAAAGCUUUUGUCGAUGCCCAAAAUGCUAUCACUAAACCGUAUCUGGCUGCGUACAAAGCGCGUGAUAAUAUUCACGAACGUUUGAAACAACUGUGGGAUUUUCCAAAGUAUUCGUGCCCCGCCAAACACGGCGAGAAAUAUUACUUUUAUAAAAAUACUGGUUUGCAAAACCAAAGUGUCUUAUACGUACAAGAUACUCUCGAAAGUGAACCAAGGGUAUUUCUUGAUCCCAAUACUCUUUCUGAGGAUGGAACUGUUGCAAUUACCAGUAGUAGCUUCAGCGAGGAUGGUAGCAUUUUCGCAUAUGGAUUAUCUAAAAGCGGUUCUGAUUGGAGUACUAUUCACUUCUUGAAUGCCCAUACUGGUGAAAAUUACCCAGAAAUUUUGGAAAAAGUCAAGUUUUCACCGAUUACAUGGACUCACGACAAUCGUGGUAUUUUUUAUGGACAAUAUCGAGAUCAGCAAGGGAAGACUGACGGUUCAGAAACGUUAGGUAAUCAAAACCAAAAACUAUGUUACCACGUUGUUGGUACACCGCAGUCGGAUGAUGUUGUCGCCGUUGAGUUUCCUGAAGAACCAUUGUGGAGGAUAGGUGCACAAGUGUCUGAUUGUGGUAAAUGGCUCAUUGUUACUCCUCUAAAGGAUUGCAGAGAUAAUUUAGUAUAUUUUACGCCACUAAAAGAUGGAAUGGAAAUAAAAAACAAUUUGCCAUUGACACAAGUUGUCGAUAAGCUUGAAGCUGAUUACGAAUACGUGACCAAUAUUGGUAACAAAGCUGUGUUUCGCACAAAUAAAGGUGCUCCUAAUUACAAGUUGAUAGCUGUAGAUUUGUUGGAUUAUGAACAAGACAAAUGGGUUGAUCUUUUGCCAGAACAUUCUGAGAACGUACUAGAUUGGGCUAGUGCUGUGGAUGGAGACAAAUUUGUUGCUUGUUACAUACAAGAUGUUAAGAACAUUUUGCAACUGCAUUGCUUGAACACUGGUAAAGUUCUUAGAACGUUUCCUCUUGAUCUUGGCACUGUCCUCGGAUUCUCAGGAGAAAAGAAAUAUUCUGAGAUAUUUUAUCAAUUUACAUCAUUCCUAACCCCAGGAAUUAUAUAUACGAUUGAUUUAAAAAAAGAAAAGGAACCACGAAUCUUGCGAGAAAUCAAAGUGAAGGGUUUUGAUGCAAGUUUAUACAAAACUAGUCAAAUAUUUUAUCCAAGCAAGGAUGGUACAAAAAUACCCAUGUUUAUAGUAACAAAGAAUGAUGCUGUAUUAGAUGGAAGUAUGCCAGGCUUACUUUAUGGAUAUGGUGGUUUCAAUGCAAGUAUCCAACCUACAUUCAGUGUUACAAGACUUGUUUUUAUACAACAUUUUAAUGGAGUACUUGCUGUUGCUAAUGUUCGUGGAGGAGGUGAAUAUGGAGAAAGAUGGCACAAUGCAGGACGCUUCUUUAAUAGGCAAAAUGUAUUCGAUGAUUUUCAGUAUGCAGCAAAAUAUCUUGUAGAAAAUGGAUACACUACUUCUGCAAAAUUGACAAUUCAAGGUGGCAGCAAUGGAGGUCUGGCUGUUGCCGUAUGUAUAAAUCAAAGACCUGAUCUGUUCGGCGCCGCCAUAGCUCAAGUAGGAGUUAUGGAUAUGUUACGCUUUCAUAAGUUUACCAUCGGCUCUGCUUGGGUUUCGGAUUAUGGAAGUUCCGACGAUCCCAAGCAUUUCGAGAACUUGUUGAAAUAUUCACCUUUACAUAAUGUAAAAGUGCCACCAGGUGACAUACAAUAUCCAGCGAUGUUGCUUCUGACUGCUGAUCAUGAUGACCGUGUCGUACCUUUGCAUACUCUUAAGUUAACAGCAACUCUUCAAUAUACGCUUGGAAAUGUGUCGAAACAGAAAAACCCAUUACUUGCAAGAAUAGAUACCAAGGCAGGUCAUGGCGGUGGAAAACCAACCAUGAAAGUGAUUGAAGAAAGUACCGACAUUUUAUCAUUUAUCGCGCAGUCCUUGGGCUUGGAAUUCAAAUUGUAAUUAAGGUUCAAAAGAAGUGUAAAACACAACAUAUUUUACAUAAAAUCCAAAAUCAAGGGAUUGUAAUGUGAUGAGAUUAAACGCGCGCUUAUGAGAUUAUCAUGUAUAUUGCAAUGUAUUGGUGUAAAAUUAUCAGGUAUACUUUGAUUGCAAAUUCUUUUAUAAUGAUGUGUUUCUAUGAAAUAAAAACAAGUAAAUUUGUACUUUA